UUGUUUUGCAGAUCCGCGUUUUUGUGUAAAAUUUGUAAAAACAAUUUAAUUGUUGAUUUUCCUUAAUAUAUUGAGAAAUAAACAGUUUAUAGACGAGUUCUAAAUCGUUGGAAAUACUAUGGAUUCCGAUUUAUAUGACGAAUUUGGAAACUACAUUGGCCCAGACUUGGACAGCGAUGAAGACGACGACCAGAGCCUUUACGGUCAACCGGAUGUUCAGGAUGAUCCAGAGGACGCCAUGGACGAGGAUGAGGCUGAGCCGCAGGAGGAUGAGGAUAAGGAAGUGACUGCCGUGGUGCUACACGAAGACAAACGCUAUUAUCCGUCCGCUGUAGAGGUCUACGGGCCGGAUGUAGAGACCAUUGUGCAGGAAGAGGACGCCCAGCCACUGGACAAGCCGCUCAUCGAGCCGGUGAAGAAGUUAAAGUUCCAGAUCAAGGAACAGGACAUGCAGGAGACCACCUAUGACAUGGAGUUUAUGGCAGACUUGAUGGACACGCCACCGCUCAUUCGCAACGUAGCUCUAGUUGGCCACCUGCACCAUGGCAAGACCACGUUCGUUGAUUGCCUCAUGCGCCAGACACAUCCUCAGUUCGAGAACAUGGAGGAGCGACAGCUGCGCUACACGGACACCCUAUUUACCGAGCAGGAGCGUGGCUGCAGCAUCAAGGCCACACCUGUGACCCUCGUGCUGCAGGAUGUUAAGCAAAAGAGCUAUUUGCUCAACAUCUUUGAUACUCCGGGGCAUGUGAACUUCUCGGAUGAGGCUACCGCCGCCAUGCGUAUGUGCGAUGGUGUGGUUCUGUUUAUCGAUGCUGCCGAGGGCGUUAUGCUGAACACAGAGCGCCUCCUCAAGCAUGCGGUGCAGGAACGCCAGGCCAUCACGGUUUGCAUCAACAAGAUUGAUCGUCUGAUCUUGGAGCUGAAACUGCCACCUCAGGAUGCCUAUUUUAAGUUAAAACAUAUUGUGGAGGAGGUCAAUGGGCUUCUUAGCAUCUAUGGCGCUGCAGAUGAUAAUCUGCUGGUUUCUCCAAUUCUAGGCAACGUUUGCUUUGCCAGUUCUUUGUAUGGCUUCUGUUUCACCCUAAAAUCCUUUGCCAAGCUCUAUGCAGAUACCUACGAAGGUGUGAGCUAUCUGGACUUUGCCAAGCGUUUAUGGGGCGACAUGUACUUUAACAGUAAAACACGCAAGUUCUCAAAGAAGCAGCCGCAUAAUUCGGCGCAACGCAGCUUUGUCGAGUUCAUCCUGGAGCCCAUGUAUAAGCUGAUUGCCCAGGUGGUGGGUGAUGUGGACACCACUUUAUCGGACACUCUGGCUGAGCUGAAUGUACGCGUCUCAAAGGAUGAGAUGAAAUCCAAUAUACGACCACUGCUGCGUCUCGUCUGCAGUCGGUUUAUGGGCGAUUGCAGUGGCUUCGUGGACAUGUGCGUGGAGCAUAUAAAGUCGCCAUUGGAAAACGCCAAGCGAAAGGUGGAUCAUAUAUACACCGGACCCAAGGAGGGUGACAUCUACCGGGAUAUGAUCUCAUGCAAUCAGUACGGCACUCUAAUGGUGCACAGCUCCAAGAUGUAUCCCAACGAUGACUGCACCUUCUUCCAGGUCCUGGCUAGGGUUGUCUCCGGUACCCUGCAUGCUGGUCAGGAGGUGCGUGUCUUGGGAGAGAACUACACGUUGCAGGACGAAGAGGACUCACGCAUACUCCAAGUAGGUCGCUUAUGGGUCUUUGAGUCGCGCUAUAAAGUGGAACUGAACCGAGUCCCAGCCGGAAAUUGGGUCCUCAUCGAAGGCAUCGAUCAAUGCAUUGUGAAAACGUCAACAAUUGUGGAUAUUAAUGUCCCAGAAGAUCUUUACAUCUUCCGACCGCUUAAAUUUAAUACGCAGAGCAUUAUCAAGAUUGCCGUGGAGCCGGUAAAUCCCUCUGAGUUGCCCAAGAUGCUGGAUGGUCUGCGGAAAGUCAACAAAUCCUAUCCCCUCCUCUCGACGCGUGUUGAGGAGUCGGGUGAGCAUGUAAUCCUGGGAACCGGCGAGCUGUACUUGGACUGUGUAAUGCACGACCUGCGAAAAAUGUAUUCGGAAAUCGAUAUCAAAGUGGCAGAUCCUGUGGUGGCCUUCUGCGAAACCGUUGUGGAAACGAGUUCCCUAAAAUGUUUUGCCGAAACACCGAACAAGAAGAACAAAAUAACCAUGAUUUCGGAGCCGCUGGAAAAAGGUCUCGCCGAGGACAUUGAAAACGGAACUGUCUGCAUAAAUUGGAACAAGAAACGUAUCGGUGAGUUCUUCCAGGUGAACUACGAUUGGGAUUUGCUGGCAGCGCGUUCCAUCUGGGCAUUUGGGCCGGACUCAACGGGUCCAAAUAUUCUCGUCGACGACACACUGCCAUCGGAGGUGGACAAGAACCUGCUGACGGCGGUGAAGGAUUCAAUUGUCCAGGGCUUCCAGUGGGGUACGAGAGAAGGCCCGCUGUGCGAGGAGCCUAUUAGGAAUGUCAAAUUCAAGAUUCUUGACGGCGUCAUUGCCAACGAGGCCCUGCAUCGUGGUGGCGGCCAGAUUAUUCCCACUGCUCGUCGUGUAGCCUACUCCGCAUUCCUGAUGGCUACGCCGCGUCUAAUGGAACCCUAUCUGUUUGUGGAGGUGCAGGCGCCCGCAGACUGUGUGUCUGCUGUUUACACGGUGUUGGCCAGGCGCAGAGGUCAUGUUACGCAGGAUGCUCCUGUUUCUGGUUCCCCCAUAUAUACGAUCAAAGCAUUUAUACCCGCCAUCGAUUCGUUUGGUUUUGAAACUGACCUGCGCACGCAUACCCAGGGUCAGGCCUUCUGUCUCUCGGUGUUCCAUCACUGGCAAAUUGUGCCCGGCGAUCCGCUGGACAAGAGCAUCAUCAUCCGACCAUUGGAGCCGCAGCAGGCCUCUCACUUGGCACGCGAGUUUAUGAUCAAGACGCGUCGCAGGAAGGGCCUCUCCGAGGAUGUGUCCAUUAACAAGUUCUUCGACGAUCCUAUGUUGCUGGAAUUGGCCCGGCAGGAUGUGCUGGUCAACUACCCCCUGUAGACGCCAAUUAUACAAUAAAAACAAAUCAACUUUUAGA